CCGAAAGCCAUCAAAGGUGCGUAGACCGUAUGAAAUCGCAUUCACUUACUCUUGCCCUGAGUUCCAAUCAGAUGAUUGUUCACCGUACCAUUUGACUUGCAUAAUGAGAUGAUGUCCUCCGAUGCCUUUGUCUGACCUACAGACUCAAUCUCCACUUUCUUUGGAAGCAUCACUCACCUCUUUAGAUUUUUUCGUUGUAUGUCCAAUGGGAUGAAAAAUUUUGUGUCGUUAUUGGUUUGAAAAUGGUUGCAUUUGCCUGCUAAUUUUAGAAGAUCCAUAUUAUCAGAAAAUAGAACACGAACAAUAAAAUGGAACAGAAUCAACAACAAGAAGAUAUAGGCGUUCAAGCCUCUGCUACCGAGGCCAAAAAUUCACACUCCAAUAGAUCUCCUGUCAGAGCAAAACGUUCUGGGAGAAUGUUAUACGAAAGCUCAUUCGCCACCUCUUUCACCUCUGCACGAGGUCAGAAACGCCCACCCGGUUUCGUUGCCUCUUCUUUGGAUUAUAAGUCAACCGGUGUCAAUGCUGCGAGCUCUCCAAGCCUCACCACAAAACCAGGGAGAAAUAGCUUACACAACAAACAGAAAAAACAGAAAGAACAAUUGGAAGUUGAACAACAGCAGCUAAGACAGUAUCGAUCCGGGCAAUCGCAACCAACAAGAGCGCAAGGGAACUUCGGUCCGCCACCGCAUUCUAUCACUACCAUAGAGGAUCUCGAAAGUAUGUCUGAAGAGCAGAUCUAUAAACUUUUCAUGGAGGAUCCAGAAUUGUACGAAUCGUUUAUCAAAUCGACAGAAACAGAAAGAGGCUCGACUCCUACUGGAGCCAGAAAAGCUCGUCGUUCGACUAGCAAGAAACCAUCUAGUGAGUCGAAGUCAAAGCGCCGCAGUGCCAAAGCAAAGACUAUCAAGUCCGAAUCUCAAGACAGAGAAAUACCUUAUUUUCAAUGGAUUUUCCUCUUGGUGCUGGUUGGAGUCGCAAUAUACCAAGGUUACAAAACGUACAGUAGUUCCACUUCUACGAAAGAUAAAAAUAACAGUAUCGUCUCUCGGAGAAUCAAAGGGGGGAAACAAAAGAAUAAGAAAGGAGGAAAAUCAGACAAGAAAGUGCGUGUCAAAACAAAAGAAGUUUCUCAGCGUAGAUCAGAGGCCAGCUCGCUAAUGGAGAAAAAACAUGACGUCGAAACCGCAAAUACAGCUGGCAGACCAUCUUCCUCAAAGAAAAAGAAGAAAAUGUCGAAGUCGAAAUCUAAGGCAAAGACAAAUACUUUUACAGGCGAUUCGAAGGAAGAAGAACAAAACAAACCUGAUUUGGAUUCGAGUGAUGUAUCGAGUGAAGAUCAAGCACUAGAAACUUCGAGCAAAUUGGAUUCUACUGCACCUUCCAAUCCUAGCACCAUUCCUAAUAGAGAAGAAGACAAUGAUGGCGAAUGGCAAACGGUUACGAAGUCAUCCAAAGGCAGCAAGAAAGAAAAAGCACUUCCCCCUCAAAACUUUCAUGAAGAUAAGGAGGUGAUUGCGAUACCUGUUGUUGAAAGCAAACAAGAUAAUCCGAGUGAGAAAGCGAAGGACGACCCAGAAUCUCCAGAGGAAAGAAAUACUUUUGAAGAUUCUGACUUCAUUGAAGUAAAAAGCAAAAAGAAAAAACGACGCAAUUUGUCUAACAGUGGUAAGGAAAAGACCAACAAUGCACAAUCUGCAAUGUCUGUGGAAACUACGAGUAUAGAGAAGCCUAGCGUGACUAAAAAUGAAAACCUUUCGGAGGAGAAACAGAAUGGGGAAUCUGUAGCAUCAACAGAAGAAGACGCGGCACUUGCUUUAAAACUUCACGAAGAAAUGAAUCUCUCCUCGAAGACUGAUAUGAGCAAUUCCCAAGAGGAGGGAUGGGAGGAAGUUACAUCUAAGAAAAAGAAAGCAUAAAAACGUACAUGACAAUUAUUGUCGUCCAUUGUUAGACUUGAUUUCUCUAAGACAGAUUUAACGCAUUAAGUAACGGAUUCGAACUAUAAAAAUAAAUGAAAACGCAUUUAAUACACCUCGCAUGUUAAUCUUUGGGCAGACAGAACUUCCUUUAACUACUAAAAUUGGUCAGGAUUGGCCUUCUGAGCGGUUUGUUCCCGGCUGCCAUCACAACACUCGCGAGCAAUUUUCAUCAGCUCUUCAGUGCAUACUUCUCUUUUAGAAUCACUCCCAUCUUUCUCAACUCGAAUGGCUUUUCUUUCAAUCAAUUUGCUUUUGAUCGUGUCUGCGUCUAAGAGACUCCAAUCUUCCUUUUCUACUUUCCGCCGCCGUCCUCUCUCGAGACCGAGCAAUUCUUUUGCUCUCUUCGUUUUAUCUUUCAGCUGCCACUUUGCUUCGGUUUCAACCUGUCCAAGCAUCCUACCUCUUGUGAAUGCUGACGAUCCUUGUUGCUCGAGUGCUUUGCCAAUGAUUCGGUUCUUGACCGUAGAACGCAUUGCGAUCAGAGCUUCCUGCAGCGAAGCCUGUGUAUUUCCUCCCCAUUGCCUUGGAUCGUGCACUACAAAUAAUGGCACAUCGGCCUUCUUGCACAAUUUCUGUAAGAGUCGAAGGGAGCUCGGCACUAGUUGGAGAGCUGCACCAUUUGCAAYUACAGCAUGCGGUUUGUUGCAAGCUCUGACAUUUGAUUGGUUCCUUCCAUCUAUCCCAUCUGGGUCACUUCUUGCAAAAGAGAAAGGAAUAAAUAAAUCCAUCACCC